ACCACUGCAAGCCUCAUGUACACUAUACCAUAGUGACACAGUGCCAGAGAUCCCGAGCUCCUGAUUCGAUCACAUGAAACCAUUUCCCCCCCUUCAUGCUCCUCAGCCACCGAAUCCAUCAUCCAUCCAUCCAUCGCUUGAACUUCCCAAACAGGCACCACCACACCCCCAUCAAUCAUGUGAACAAGUCUCCCGCGGGGUCUGGCCAGUAUCCAGUGAGUGGUCACUGACCGACCGGGGAACAGAACACCCAAGAAGGCAACCAACCAGCCCCUGAACCCACCAUGCGUCGCGAGAAAACCCAGUUUCGGGGUUUCGAGAAUCGUUCUAG